AGCCACUCUUUACAAGUGUUUAUAGUCUUGCCCAAGGGCUUCCUUUUCUUGCUUCCAGCUGAGGAGUGUGAACUCUCAAAACUUACUCCAAAAAAAAAGAAUGGGGGAGUUUGCUGCAGCAGUGAAGUCUGUGGUCGUUGAAAUUAAACCAAGUAAUUCUGAGGUUGUUCCAUGGGAAGACUUGCUUGAAUCAAUGGAGCAAAAGAGUGUCUUGUACUCGAUGAAAAAAAAGAAGUCUCGACAUGCCCGUUAUUUUUACGGCAUUAUUUUCAUGUUGACAAAUCUUAUUGCUUGGUUUGUUCGUGACUAUGGAGAAAAAGUUAUCUCUCAGCUCCAAUAUUUAAAAUCCUGGGGAAUCGAUGAGCAUGAUUGUUUUCAUACAAUGGGAGUUCUUCGUGUGAGUUUAGGAUGCUUUAUAUUCUUCUUUAUGAUGUUCCUUACAACAUGCAAUACAAGCAAGUUGUAUGAAGUUCGCAAUACAUGGCAUUCUGGAUGGUGGGCGUCAAAGUUAGCAAUACUGAUUCUCUCGCUUGUGGUUCCAUUCUUUGUCCCUUCAGACCUUGUUCAAUUAUAUGGUGAACUUGCUCGCGUUGGUGCAGGUGUUUUUCUUCUUCUCCAACUCGUAAGUGUCAUUGAAUUUAUCACAUGGUGGAAUAACUACUGGAUGCCCGAUGAGAGAAAGAAGCAAAGCUGCUUCCUCGGGCUAUUCAUGUCAACUCUAUUUUACAUCACUUCUGUUUGUGGAAUAGUGGUGAUGUAUGCGCUGUAUGCCUCCAGACCGUCAUGCAAUCUUAACAUAUUCUUCAUCACGUGGACUGCAAUUUUGCUUGUAGUCAUGAUGGUUAUAUCCUUACAUUCAAAGGUGAAUAGAGGACUCUUAUCUUCCGGGAUUAUGGCUUCCUACAUUGUUUUCCUCUGUUGGACUGCUAUCAGAAGCGAGCCUGCUACUGCGAAGUGCAGCCCCCAGAAACAGGAGAAUGCAAAUGGAGGUUGGACCACUGUAGUUGGUUUCCUCAUUGCUAUAUUUGCAAUUGUCAUGGCAACCUUUUCCACAGGGAUUGAUUCACAAACUUUUCAGUUCCGUAAAGAUGAUGUUCUACUGGAAGACGAUAUUCCAUAUAAAUAUGGCUUCUUCCACCUAAUAUUCUCCUUGGGGGCCAUGUAUUUUGCAAUGCUAUUCAUCAGCUGGAACCUUGAUAGCUCAACAAGGAAAUGGAGCAUUGAUGUUGGCUGGGCUAGUACAUGGGUGAAAAUCGUUAACGAGUGGUUUGCAGCCACAAUAUAUUUAUGGAAAUUGAUUUCCCCAGCUUUGACAGAGUCCAAAGUCAGGGAUCAUGAAGAACCAGCACAGCAGUUAGAUAAUUCAACUUCACCAUGAUUUCAUAUUGCACUGUCCAUUGUAGCAUAGCCUUUUGUCCCUCAGCUGACAUGUAUUUGAAGGUAGUCCAAUAUGUCCAAUUCAAGCAUCAAGUUUAAAAAAUAAAUAAAUUUUCCUGGUAUUUCAAGUAUUUUUGCAUUUGAUUCUCGAUGUACAUGACAUUUUUUUGUGACAUAAAUGUUCUGCAAAUACAUGCUAG